AUGGUGGACAUCAUUGUCUGGGCCUACGUUAUCGGUCUGUUCAUAUUCAUGUCGUGCAAGUACAUGGCGUACCGUCUGCAAGGGCUUCACUACUUCUUUCUUGACUACUGCUACUUCCACAACUCCGUGUUGAUGUGCUUUCUGCUGUGGCGGCUCGUCGACGUCAAGUGGUCGGAGCAGCCCAUCAUCUCGUGGUCAGCACACAUGCCUUUGUCGCGAUGGUUGCACGGCUACGGCGACAAUGCGUCCAACUUAGCAAUGAGCACCGCCGUUCACGCGGUGGAUAAUGAGAUGUGGUGGCGCCCAAUCCUCACUGGAACGCCGAUCCGCAGGGAUUCCUGGGCUCGCCUCAUCGUUCCCUCAGCCGAUCGCGACUACCGCUUUGACGGCGUGUACCUGCCGAUCUCGUUCGAGAUCCUCACGUGCGGCUACGUGUUGGCCCAUCUAACGGAAGCCGAGGUUAUUUCAUCCUUCAUGUUCUUCUUCACGCUGUUGGCCGGCACCUUCGGCCCCAUACUCGGGGCGAUCUUCAUGUGGCGCAAUGCACUCUUGUUUCACUCCUUCGAUCGCAUGUCGUCUUGCUACCUCCACCUGGCACCCGGCAUUGUCCAGAGCCUGCUGCUGCACCGCCUGUUCACAUCGGCGCGGCGUGAGAUCGAGAGCCUAGAUGCCGGGCGACUCUACGAGAACGUCACCGGGAUCGCCAAGCAGCUCAACGUCUCCGUUGGCCGCCUGCUUCCGGGCGUGCACACGCUCAUGUACAACAUGGGUGACGUGUCAACAGCAGCGGCAGACAGUGCUACGAAGGUGGGUAGCACGCAUCGCGGUCCGGCACGGCUGAUCUCGUCCGUCUAUUCGACCCUCACAGCGAAGCAGCAGCAACUGCGGUUCACUCAGUACGCUGCCACGCACCAGCUGGAGGCCCUCUGCGGCUACGGCACCCUCUGCUACGACCUGCGGCGCGCCGUCACCUACGGAAACCUGCUGCGGCUGCACUUUAUCAUGUUUUGUGUCUGGCAGGUCUUCUACCACACCUUCAACGAGUGGCGCAGGCACGCACGCAGGCAGUGGUGGAAGAAGCGCCUGGCGAAGCUCGAGAGGCACCAAAGGGAAUGCGUGCAUCUCACCAGUGCCACGGAGACCGGCGCGGAGCUGCUGCACUCGCCUGCUGUAAUGAGCGAGGGUGGCGGCCGCGGCAGCCCGGCCGAGCGCAUGACCUCGUAUAAAUGGAUGAUGGCGCACCCACCUGGCGGUCGCAAGGGUAUUCUCGCACGCUUUGUUCUGCUGUUUGGCGAGGGUCGUCUGCCCACCACGGUGAUGUUCCAAGUGACGCAGUGGCUUCUCCACAUGUUCUUCUUCACCUGCAGCUACCCCUUCAUCCACGUUUGCUUCCACUACAUGCUGAGCGCGUGGCCGCUGAUGGUGUUGAUGCUGGCCUUUGCGCUUCUGUGCGUGUACAACGCGGCGUGCGCGAACCACAAGUGGAUCUCGAAGCUGCAGCAGACGGCGUCAAAAGGCAUGGAAGCGGAGUAG